CGUCCCUACGAAGUGCGCACCUUCACGUUUCCUUGAAAAGGGGAAUCCAGAGGGUCGGAGAGAGGGGGAAGGAGUUGAGGGAGAGAAUUGCUCGUUUUUGCGGGAUCUUAGUCCAAACGAGUCCUCUCUAAUCUCUCCUUCUCUCUCUAAAUUCCCGUCGGAAAUUCCACGCUCGGAUCCGCUACUUGACGGAGAGUUCGGUCCCUGGCCAGUUGGUUUUCUUGGAGGGAUUUACAACCCCAACCAGAGUUUGAUGGAACAAAAAUCUUCGCCUCUUAGCUUUUCUGAGUCUGGAGGCGAGACACUGUCAAAAAGACAGUUUCUUUACUGCAAGGAUACUGCAAGAGAAUAGUUGUGGGUUAUGCAGUGCAAAUUUUUUCUGUUAAUUUAUGUGGUGUUAGUUGGAUAUUUGUAAGUGAGAGCGUGGUGGAGGCUGGGCAAGAAAGAAAGUCCACAAGGUUCACUUUUCUUCUGAAGAACUUGGAUACUAUUUAGAACCAUGGAGCCUGUUUGGAAGCUAGCAUAUCUCUUAGAACCAGCUUCAAUAGCACUUGUGGUUACAGCCGUGCUUGUUGCAUUUGCCUCUGCUCAACGUGCACUGACUUAUGGAAAGGAAAUGGAGAGAAACCGUGACUUUUCUGAGGCCUCAGUUACGUUGGACAAAUCACAAGCACUCAUGAUUCCACUUGCUAGUUCAUGCAGCCUAUUGUUGAUGUUUUACCUCUUCUCUUCAGUUUCACAUUUGGUUACAGCGUUCACUGCAAUUGCUUCUUCUGCCUCACUUUUCUUUUGCCUGUCACCAUAUGCAUUGUAUCUCAAGUCACAGUUUGGACUGGUGGACCCUUUCAUAUCCCGUUGCUGUUCACGUUCUUUUACCAGAACCCAAGGGCUACUUGUCUUAGUGAGCGUGGGUAUAGUUAUUGCUUGGCUCAUUUCUGGACACUGGCUACUGAACAACGUCUUGGGCAUUUCAAUAUGCAUUGCUUUUGUCAGCCACGUUAGGUUGCCUAACAUCAAAGUUUGUGUUUUGCUUCUUGUCUGUCUCUUUGUUUAUGACAUUUUCUGGGUAUUUUUUUCUGAGAUGUUUUUUGGGGCAAACGUCAUGGUCUCUGUUGCAACUCAGCAAGCCUCAAACCCUGUUCAUACAGUUGCAGAUAGUUUAAGUUUACCAGGACUGCAGUUGAUAGCCAAGAAACUGGAGAUGCCUGUCAAAAUUGUUUUCCCUAGGAACUUGAUGGGUGGAAUAGUUCCUGGUAGCAGUGCGAUGGAGUUCAUGAUGCUUGGUCUUGGUGACAUGGCUAUUCCAGGCAUGCUUUUAGCUUUGGUUCUCUGUUUUGAUCACCGCAAAACCAGGGAUUCUGGUAAUCUUGUAGAAACCAGUACUGCCAAAGGUCCGAAGUACAUAUGGUAUGCUCUUUCUGGGUAUGCAAUUGGACUUAUCAGUGCUUUGGCUGCCGGAAUUUUGACUAGGUCUCCCCAGCCUGCACUCCUUUAUUUGGUGCCGUCGACAUUAGGACCGAUUAUAUUUAUUUCAUGGAUAAGGAGAGAUCUUGUAGAACUGUGGGACGGGCCUGGGCUCAUUGCAAGUGAGAAGGCUCGUUUAGUGGAGGUCUAAGGCCUACCUCUUUACGUAUAUCUGAGCACAUCUAUACAUGUAAAUUUCGUGGAAUUAUUCGCCAAGGAAUGAAGAAUUUACAUAAUUCUAUUUGAAAUUUAAAUUGCCUUUUUUGCUUUCAA